GGAAACUAUUUAAAACUCUAAUCACUCUUCUUAUGCUAGUUUAUACAUUUCUUUAGCGGUGCUCCAACAGGCGCGCGCCAGUACGCACCACCGGCGUCUCUGUUGCUCUUUUGUCACUGGAUCUAAACCCCCUUACUUUCCCAUCGCGCUUCCACCGGCAUCACAGAGAGACAUUUUAUAUUACCAGGACGGUUUUACUCCCCAACACGCUCCUGUGACUGAGAAAUGAAUCAUAAAGCUCUUUUUCUGUGGAUUUUCCUACAGUGUGCCGCCGCGCUCCUCUCUUCUGCUACUGAGGAAAACGCCGUUCUUAAAGGUGAAGACAGUGAAUUUCCUGAAUCAUCAGACAGCAAGAGUCCCAAUGCCAUCAUCAGGUACAACAUGAGAAAGAGUUUAGACCUGGACCAUGACGGCUGCUACCUGCAGGCCGGCAAGAGGGAGUGUCUAGAGGAGUGUGGCUUCAACGCUACAGCCAAGACCAUCUUCAUCAUCCAUGGCUGGGCUAUAAGUGGGAUGUUUGAAAACUGGAUGCACAAGCUGGUUGCUGCAGUGAUGCAGCGGGAAAUGGAAGCCAACGUGGUGGUGGUAGAUUGGAUACCCAUGGCCCAGCAGCUGUACCCUGAGGCGGUUAACCACACCAAGACUGUUGGCCUUGAUAUUGCUGCCUUGAUCAACUGGCUUCAGGAUGAGCUGCAGCUUCCUCUGGAGAGAGUUCACCUGAUUGGCUACAGUUUAGGAGCUCAUGUAGCCGGCUAUGCUGGGAAAUCUGUGCGAGGGACCAUCGGCAGAAUAACUGGUCUGGACCCAGCAGGACCAAUGUUUGAGGGUGUAGAUCAACAAAAGCGUCUCUCACCUGAUGAUGCUGAUUUUGUUGAUGUUCUGCACACAUACACGCGCGAAGCUUUGGGGGUCAGCAUAGGGAUCCAGCAGCCAAUUGGAGACAUUGAUAUCUACCCCAAUGGCGGGGAUGUGCAGCCUGGCUGUUCUCUGGGUGACGUGCUGGCGGUGGCUGGAAAUUUCAUGGAAGUGGUGAAGUGUGAGCAUGAACGUGCUGUGCACCUGUUUGUGGACUCUUUGAUGAACAAGGACCACAUGAGCUUUGCCUUCCAGUGCACUGAUCCUGAUCGCUUUAAAAAGGGUAUCUGCCUCAGCUGCCGCAAGAACCGCUGCAACAACAUCGGCUACAACACAAGAAAGAUGCGCAAGAGGCGCAACAGUAAAAUGUAUCUGAAGACACGUGCUGACACCCCCUUUGGAGGUUACCACUACCAGAUGAAAAUGCACGUGUUCAACAGAAAACAGGCAGAUGAUGCAGAUCCUACCUUCUAUGUCAAGUUAUACGGAGCCCACAAUGACACCACAAACCUCUUCGUUGAUGUCCAUGACACAAACACCAUUGGUCUAAACCUGACCAACACCUUCUUGGUUUUUACUGAAGAGGAUAUCGGUGACCUGCUGAAGAUCCGUCUGAGCUGGGAAGGACAGUCUGAAUCCUGGAACUCUCUCUGGAAGAGCUUUAAGAAAACCUUCUGGUCCUGGAACUCCAAGCCCCCCAAACCUGUACUAGAGGUCCGUCGUAUUCGUGUGAAAGCUGGAGAAACACAGAAGAAGUUUACAUUCUGUGCCCAAGACCCUUCACAAACUGAAAUCUCACCAGGGGACUCUAUUACUUAUGUGAAAUGCCGUGACGGCUGGGAAGUAAAACCAAGAAAACGGCUGGCCAUGUAAAGACUCAGCACUUCCAACAACCAAUGCACCAUCACCAUGGGGGACCCAACAUGGAUCAGAGAAGCACUGCCUUCUCUUAAUUUGAGCACUUUUAUUAGGAGGAAGAUUGAUCAGCGCACGGUGAAGGGGGCUUAACUGGAAUCUAAACUCAAAGGUCUCAGUUCGUUUCUGGAAACAAGGAAGCUGGGGUCUUUCCAGCCUAUGAGGUUGCUGGAAAAUGAGACGCAGGUUGGAAUCGGGAUACUGUGUUGAGAUUACCGGCUGACGGAGCUGCAGAACGUUCCUUAUGUGUGGACGAGUGAGGUAGAAAACAGAUCUGUGCCAGUGGACAUACACCAGCAAUUGUAGUCGCUGUACUGUACAUUUUUAAAUAUCUUUUAUUUAUGAAAAAAAUGGAAGCACUGCAAGACCAACUUUAUUUAUCAGAGCACAUCCCAUAAUGAAGCAUGUGUUGAAUGUGUUUCCCCUAGAUGCAGUAUUUGUGUGUGUAUGUUGUGUGUGUUAAAUGUGUGGGUGUGUGUUUGUGCUUGUUGUGACCGAGACGUGUGCCUUUCUGCUGAGAGAUUACUGAUACACUGUAUAACUGAAGGAGAUCAAGGAUCUCAUUGCACAGAGUCUAUUUGAGGUUUUGUGCAUAGAGUUACUGUUACUGUAUGUGGCUUAUUUUGGGGGUGUAUUUAUGUAUAUACUGUAAAUAACUUUUUUUGGAAAAAUAAAUUCACGCUAUUUGUAGAA